AUGAUUUCGCAAGUUACGAUUAUUAUGUUAAUUUUUUGUCUGCAAUUAGAAAUAAGAGGCCUUGUGAUACCGGCAGGUGAUAGAAAUGCCCCCGAUAUAGAGGAUAUAAUUUUGCCGAACAAGAGGGAAUCACUAACGGACUGUUUCUAUCGGUACUUUAAGUACGGUAAGAGUUCGCUCAUAAGACCCGCUUAUGGUCAACCAGCUUACUUAAGAGAGUUUGCACACAUGGCGGCGAUCGGUUGGACGCAACCGGAUGGCAGCAUUAUAUGGAACUGUGGAGGCUCUUUAAUAUGGGAAAACUACAUCCUAACGGCAGCACAUUGUGCGGAAGAUGAUCAGACCAAUAAACCGGAUGUGGCACGAUUUGGUGAUUUGGAUCUUUACAACGACACAGACGAUCAGUAUGCUCAGCAGAUAAAGAUUGUGGAGAUCAUUCGACAUCCGGAGCAUACGUUUCGGGCGCGUUACCAUGACAUUGCUCUCAUGCGUCUGCAGCAUAAGGUCAAAGUGCAUGAUACUGUCUCACCUGCCUGUCUGUGGAUUGAUGAUGAGAUCCGCUUCAAAACAUUCGAAGCCACUGGCUGGGGAUCAACUGGUUUCGGUGAAGCAAAGACACCGAUUCUGCUGAAAGUGUCACUAGCUCCGGUUGACAAUGAGCGAUGCAAUUCACAUUAUUUGAAUCUGCGCGGAUUACGGGGCGGUUUGCGUUCGAAUCAAAUAUGUGCUGGUGAUGUUCGUAUGGAUACAUGUCCGGGUGAUUCCGGAGGACCGUUGCAGGUGAAGUUGCUCCAUAACACUCGCGUUACUCCAUUCCUUGUUGGAGUAACGUCGUUUGGGUCUGCGUGUGGUCUAUCUGUGCCAGGAGUUUAUACAAGAGUUUCUUCCUAUGUGCCAUGGAUUAGAACAGUGUUAAGCGAUCGUGGAGAAAAUGCGACCGAGUGGAAGUUUCAACCGCAGGCGUGUGCUUUACGUUAUGCACAGUAUCGAGAAUACGAACCGAGAGUAUUGCUGUAUAAAGAGAAUGGCGAAGAAUCGGUGGAUCUUUCCGAAGCUCAUUUGUUUGACGAUGCUUCAAAACAGCUGGUAUCGAUUCAUUGGAAUGAAACAGGCGACCGGAAGGAGUGCUUUGGAGUAAUAAUCGACGAGAGUACAGUGGUUACACUUGCGCGAUGCGCAUCAAAGGAUGGAAAACCUCCAUCAUAUGUGAGAUAUAGGUAUAAUGAGACAAACGUUGUUACACGCUCCCAUACGCAUCCCAAUUGGACCGAAGGAUCGCUCUAUGGAGAUGUUGGACUGCUCAGACUGGAAGAACCGAUUCAGUUUUCCUCGCACUUCACACCAGCUUGCAUAUGGGAACGGGUUGACAUACCUGAUCCCGAAUUAGAAGUAUCUGGUCGCGGAUUGCUCGAGCUUAACACAAUCUACGUGGAUGAGGAUCCCUUGGAGAAUACCGCUUCUCUAAAUCGUACGGUCGAUGUGGUCGGUGUGGUGCAGUAUCACAACGGUACAAAUUGUACCGUACCUUCGGAUUUGUUAGCCGCCGAACAUCUUUGCUUCGGUGACGAGCAAUUCCUCGUUCCGGGUACUUGCCAACAAGCGCUAGGUGGUCCAAUACAGCGUGAAAUAAUGCGUUCAUCCCGCAGCUUAAUGUACGUACUCGCGUUGAACCUUUUUGGUCGCGACUGUGGUUAUGGCGAGUCGGCUGUUGGUGUGCAACUGGCUUUUCACAUGCCGUGGAUGGAAUCGAUCCUGCUGCCAAGAGCUGACGAACAGGAGGACAGUGAAGAAUCGUUAAUAUUUUUGAACGAUGAACUGAAAGAAGGAAAUUCUUGUACGAUGGACAUUGGCGCGAGAGAAGGUGUGUGUACACGUGCGGUCAAUUGCCCCAUCAUGCUGUACCGCUAUGGUCAGAAUCAACCGGUUCGCUUUUGUCAGACGGGAUCGUUGCUGUGCUGUCCGCGUGAGUACAUUCGAAACGAAACUGAUGCGGAAUGGAGAGAGAUAGAUGGUUGCGCAAACAAACCGAUUGUGGAAGAAGGUUCUUUUAAUCAACACUUGGUCACUAUUCAUUGGACGGUUGGACAAGAGACGCCAGGUUGCAUCGCGACAAUGAUCUCCAGCAGAACCUUUUUGAUCGCAGCCAGUUGUCUGGAUGAUAAAAUCACCGAAUUGUAUGUACACUUGGAGCUUCGACAUCUUCCAAUGGUGAUUUUGAUGGCUGUGGAGAAACUGAUAGUACAUCCCGAGUACGAUAGAACAACAAAGCGGCACAACAUUGCACUGGUAUCCACUGUUAAUCGAACCGAAUCUUACUUCGGAAAGGUACCUGUGUGUCUCUGGAGUAACGCAACGCAUACACCGUUUUAUCUUCAGCAAGUUGGACUGGCAGAGCAAGCAGAGCCGACCAUUUCACCUGCCUUCACCAAGUUUAACACUGACUGUGAACGAACGUUUUCGAGGAGCCUAGCAUCUCAUGAACUGUGCUUGGAUGUGGAGUAUCCCGAGGAUGUGUUUGUGGUUGACGAAGGAACACCUGCGUUUUGGCCACAGCAGGGGUCUAUCAACUACCUGGUUGGUAUCGCUAGUCACAGCGCUCCAAACGAUAGUAGUGUGUUCCUGCACACACGCAUAGCACCGUAUGUAAACUGGAUAAAAAGUGUUUUGUGA